AUGACAACAGCAGCUAGGCCAACUUUUGAACCUGCAAGAGGGGGGAGAGGUAAAGGAGAAGGUGAUUGGAGCCAACUCUCAAAGCAAUAUUCAAGCAGAGACCUACCCUCUCAUACAAAGAUAAAAUAUAGACAGACCACUCAGGAUGCCCCUGAAGAAGUUCGGAACCGUGACUUCAGGAGAGAGUUGGAAGAGAGAGAGAGAGCUGCUGCAAGAGAAAAAAACAGAGACCGGCCAACCCGAGAACAUACAACCUCCUCUUCAGUGUCAAAGAAGCCUCGGCUGGACCAGAUCCCUGCUGCCAACCUCAAUGCAGACGACCCUCUAACAGAUGAGGAAGAUGAAGAUGAAGAUUUUGAAGAGAAGAGUGAUGAUGAUGAUGCUGCAGCUCUUCUUGCGGAGCUGGAAAAAAUUAAAAAAGAAAGAGCUGAAGAGCAGUCCAGGAAGGAACAAGAACAAAAGGCUGAAGAAGAAAGGAUUUGUAUGGAAAACAUUCUGAGUGGAAACCCUCUCCUUAAUCUCACUGGCCUAUCCCAGCCUCAGGCCAACUUCAAAGUUAAAAGAAGGUGGGAUGAUGAUGUUGUUUUCAAGAACUGUACAAAAGGUGUAGAUGAUCAGAAGAAAGACAAAAGAUUUGUAAAUGAUACGUUGCGAUCUGAAUUUCACAAAAAGUUCAUGGAAAAAUAUAUUAAAUAG